AGCUUCACUAAGGGCUGAAUAGAACCGGACUGUACUGAACAUCUCUCUCAUCAUCCGGCCUGACAGCAGGUCAUGGUUCACCUGCCAAAAGCCUGGAGAUAGAUCGGACACCUGACUUCUCCCUCGUGAGUCUCUGCUGACACAACUGUGUCCUCGUGUCCUUGUGUCCUUGUGUCCUUGUGUCCUUGACUUGUCCACGAGUCUUCUGGGAUAGAGACGUGUAAAGCAGCCUGCACAUUGACAUUCACUGUGAAUACAUGUCAAACAAGACUGAGUGUCCAGCUUUCUGUUUGUUAGGUUGAAUUCAAGAUGGUGAUGCACAGAACGGAUUAAAACCUUCUCGUCUUCACUUCACAUUCCUCCCCGACGUCAGAUUGACGAGGCAGCUGUCAGUCGCCCGUCAGUCCACCUGAAGGAGUUCCUCCUCAGUCAGUGGAUGUGAAUUCUCUCUCAACCCAAAUGAACAGUCUUUCUGUCUGAUGGAUUGACUGCCUGUAUUUUCUGUAGUUUAUUUUUUUAUACACUGCUCCCAGGUCAGCCUUGAAGACAUGGGCAGCUCCAUGGGCUGCGUGAGGCCCCCCCGGGAGGGGGACCUCGGAGCCCCCCCACUUUCACCAAAGAAGCGCCUGCGUUUCAGACGUAAGCACAAGGGCAAGAAGAACAAGAGAGGAGCGGCAGAGAAAGAAGACUACGAACAACAAAGAAGUCAUGAGGCUGAUGAAAGAGAGGAAGAGGAUGAAGAGGAGGGAAACCCAGUUGUAGAAAACGUAGAUUCAGAUUUUAGCAACAGAGCUCGGACUCUCACAUCAGUGCCUGACCCCCAGUCCACUCAUUCCAAAACAAAUCUGCACAGUAAUACUCUUUCCCCGGGCUCCACGGGGGCCGGUGGAGGAGGCCUGUGGGGCAACCGAGUGCUUGAGGUGUCCCCCAAGCCCAGCCCGGCCUGGAGAGGCGUCUUCUGCCUUCCAGGGGAGGAGGACACUGUCAGCGCCAUCAUAGAUGUGUCCAGCAUCCCGAGCCAAACCACCACCACCAGCCCGGUCAACACAGCCCCGGCCCUGGGCAGCACCACUCCCGGUGGAGGGAGGGUGAUUCGUGUCAGGGAGAAGGUCCAAGGUGUCCUGGAGAAACCUUGGAUCCUCCGACAGAAGAAGGAGAAAAAAGACAAGAGGAGAGCGGAGAGAGAGGAAACGAGGGAUGACGGUGUAAAGGGAGGACCUGAGGGUUCGGUGCAGACAUCGUCACACAGGGAGCAUAAGGGGGUGGUCACUAUCCGAGAGGUGGAUGGUAAACUCUGCGUGGUGAGGACAAUGUACCCCAGGGACUAUGGCUCCCCGGUGUGGAGGGGUGAAAGUGACAGUGAGGUGGAGGUGCGUAAAGAACCUCCUGCCCCAUCUCCGGUCACAGGAAAUGUCCUCAAAGUCCUACUGUCGGAGGAGGACAAGAGUAGAGCCAAAAUGGCUGCAGGUGAGACGCCAUUGUCCUGGAACCAGUUUCAGAUUCAGGAGACAAUGAAUGUCAAGGGAUUCACGUUGGACUCUCCAGCUCGAGCACAGGAGAGGACGUCUCUUUUGGAGUCGGGCUACGCCAGCGACUUCCCACUCACCUCUCCAGAAACAGCGGGCACCACUCCCAGUCAGACGGACUGGGGAGGGCUGACCAGCAGCUCGUCAGAGAGACUGGACUCCAUGAUGGAGAGUCCUCUGUCAGCACAGCAACUGGCAGCGGUGAAGUUCCUGCCACAGGUUUGUGUCGUGUUGUCCAACCCUCAAAUUCUUUACCUGUGUCUCUGUCCACAGAGAGUUAGUACCGAGCCGUUUUCAGACGUGAACUCCGGAGAAUGUCGAAACAAGUGGGUCCAGACAUUCUCCGGAGUUUGUCUUUCAUAUUUGAAGUUCACAUCGGGAGAUUCUGAGAUUCUGAGAUCAGACACGAUCACAACCACAGAAAGACAUCUCUGUCCCUUACGUCCAUCGCUUGCUAGAGACAACAUCAACAAUCCCACUCGCUCCCUGUGAACCCUCCAGAGAAUCUCACGUUAUCCGGAGUUUCUACUUCGGACAAUUUCAGGAGAUUGUCCGGAGUUCAGUGCACGUUUUAAAGCAACUU